CUUGCAGCCGACACCGAAAACCAGAACAGCAAAAACCAGAACAGCGAAAACCAGAACAGCGAAAACCAGAACAGCGAAAACCAGAACAACGAAAACCAGAACAGCGAAAACCAGAACAGCGAAAUAAAAGGUUUUGCACGAUGGAGCAGAAAGCAGUUAUCAACUUUGGCGCGGGACCUGCGAAGCUGCCCCACUCUGUUCUGCUUCAGGCCCAGAAGGAGCUCAUCAACUACAACGGCACUGGAAUAAGUGUCCUCGAGAUGAGUCACCGAUCGUCAGACUUCAACAAAAUUAUGACCACCACAGAGAAUCUUCUGCGAGAGCUCUUGAGUAUCCCAGACAACUACAAGGUGAUGUUUCUGCAAGGGGGCGGGUCUGGGCAGUUCAGCGCCGUUCCCCUCAACCUGAUUGGUCUGAAGGAAGACAUGUGUGCCGAUUACAUCGUGACUGGCACCUGGUCCGCAAAAGCUGCGAAAGAGGCGGAGAAAUACGGCAAAGUGAACGUUGUGCACCCAAAGCUGGAUGCUUACACCAAGAUCCCUGACCCCCACAGCUGGACUCUGAGCCCCUCGGCCUCCUAUGUGUACUACUGCUGCAACGAGACGGUCCACGGGGUGGAAUACAACUUCAUUCCAAAAACAGACGGGGUGAUCCUGGUCAGCGACAUGUCCUCCAACUUCCUGUCCCGGCCGGUGGACGUGUCUAAGUUUGGGCUGAUUUUCGCGGGCGCCCAGAAGAACGUGGGCUGUGCCGGAGUGACGGUGGUCAUCGUUCGAGAAGACCUGUUGGGCCACGCGCUGAACGAGUGUCCCAUCGUCCUGGACUACAAGGUUCAGGCUGGCAACAACUCCCUGUACAACACACCGCCUUGCUUCAGUAUCUAUAUCAUGGGCCUGGUUCUGGAGUGGAUUAAGAACAAUGGCAGCACGGCUGCCAUGGAGAGGCUCAACAAGGAGAAGUCCUCCAUGAUUUAUGACAUCAUCGAUACCUCCAAUGGAUUCUAUGUGUGUCCUGUGGAUACAGCAUGUCGGAGCCGAAUGAAUGUGCCGUUUCGUGUGGGGAAGAAACAGGGAGACGAGGCCUUGGAGAAGGCGUUUCUGGAAGGGGCAUCCAAACGUGGAAUGAUAUCCCUCAAAGGACACCGGUCGGUUGGAGGAAUUCGUGCGUCGCUGUACAACGCUGUGACCUUGGAGGACACUCUGGCCCUGGCCACUUACAUGCAGGAAUUCCUGAAAGAGCACCAGUAAAAGAAACAGGCUGUCCUAACACCCAGUCUGCUGGUCUGAUACGCACAUCUGAUCACCCGAGUCAUGUGAAAGUAAAACCUCCGGUUUGCUUCUCAUCUGUGAUCCUAGUCGGAUCUGUAAGCUGUACCUUUUUAAAGAAAUGUUUUAAACAAACCUUCGUUGUUUAUGAAUCACAACCACUACUUCUGUUAGUAAUGUCAGUCGUGUAUGUGUAUAGAUGGGUCUGUUGACUAAUAGUGCAUUAAUGUACAUAGAGAAAUGACCUUUACCUGUUUUAAACACUUAUUUACAUUUAAUUAAACCUUAACU